AUGUCUUCAAUUCCCUUCAAAAGACUGCUGGUCUUACCUACGACCCUUUCCUACGCACUUGUUUCUUACAAGCCAGAUACAUUAUUAUCCACUCAGCCGAGCUACUUGGGAACUUUUGUACUACUAUACUUGUUACAGUUCAUAGGGUUUGCGAUCUGGAGAGUGAUCUUGUAUCCUUACUACUUUUCACCCCUGAGGCAUUUACCCUCUCCAAAAGGAGGUAGUUGGUGGAAUGGCCAAUGGAAGAGGAUCUCUGGAGAGCCGACUGGUCAGCCUAUGCUUGACUGGAUACAAGAUGUUCCAAAUGACGGUAUCAUAAGAUACUUAGGGAUGUUGAACUCGGAGCGAGUCAUGGUUACAAAUGCCAAAGCACUCAGUGAAGUUCUUGCCAUCAAAAUUACGAUUUCGUUAAACCUUCCACUCUUCGUAUCGGAAUUGGACGUCUCCUUGGAAUUGAGAAAAAAUCUAAUGCCCGCGUUUGCGUUUCGACAUGUUAAGAAUUUAUAUUCCGUUUUCUGGGAUAAAUCUUGUGAAGGGUUGAAAGCCAUGACCAAAGAAGUCAAGGCAAAAGAAUGUGGCGAUAUCCCCAAUGGCGUAGCUGAAGAAGAAGAUGGAAAUGACGGAAGUGUCACUCAGCCAGAGAAGGGCGUAGUGAUAAUGGAAGCCAUGCAAUGGGCAAGUAGAAUAACACUGGACAUAAUCGGAGCAGCUGGCCUGGGCAAGGAUUUCGGAGCCAUUCAGGACCCCGACACGCUACUAAAUAGAACAUAUAGGACUGUGUUUAAGCCAACACGCUCUGCACAAAUCCUUGGAUUUCUCCAGCUUUUCUUACCAGGAUGGUUCGUAAAAAGAAUACCUAUCAAGAGAAAUGGGGAAAUCGAGGAAGCUGCAGAAACCAUCAGAUCCGUUUGUAGAGAUCUCAUCCAUGAGAAGAAAUCGAAGCUAGAAAAGAGGGAAUUGACCGAUGUGGAUAUCCUGAGUGUGGCAUUGGAGAGUGGAGGCUUCCCCGAUGAAAAUCUCAUCGAUCAACUCAUGACUUUCCUAGCAGCUGGCCACGAGACGACUGCAAGUUCAAUGGCUUGGGCCAUCUAUCUACUCUGCGCCUAUCCAGAAGUUCAAUCUCGUCUCCGAGAGGAAGUCCGUGCAAAACUUCCCAGUCCAGACUCAGACGCCAGUGUCACAAGUCAAGAUAUCGAUUACAUGCCAUAUUUAAACGCUGUCUGUAACGAAAUUCUCCGCUACUUUCCACCUGUUCCUCUAACCCUUCGUGAAGCCGCCAUUGAUACGACUAUCUCUGGUCAGCGCAUACCAAAGGGGACACGUGUGAUGUUGAUUCCAUGGGCCAUCAACAAGGACGAAAAGAUGUGGGGCUCCUCUGCUCGAAAGUUUGAUCCUGAUCGAUGGAUGACUGAGAAUGGCGAGUCGCAUAAUACCGGUGGAGGGAGCUCAAGUAAUUAUGCAUUCCUUACUUUCUUGCAUGGGCCAAGAAGUUGUAUUGGUCAACAGUUUGCGAAGGCGGAAUUCGCAAUUUUGUUAGCGACGUGGAUUGGAAGGUUUGAGUUUGAGUUGAAAGAUAAGAAGAUGAUGGAUGAGAAGAAUCUAGAUAUUAAAGGAGGAGUGACUGCGAAGCCAUCGAAGGGCUUAUAUGUUAAGGUUAAGAUAGUGGAGGGUUGGUAG